CCCGGGUGGCCCUCCCCGAGCGCCCUCAUGUUCCUGACGCUGCUCGGUGUGGCCUUGCUGGAGCAGCUGGUUAUUUACCAGGUCGGCGUCAUCCCCAGCCAGUACUAUGAGGUCCUAGGGAACAAGGACUUCUCUGGGUUCAAAACACUGACUGCUGUUGCCCUGACUCUGAUCGUAGUGAACUCCACGCUAAAAAGCUUCGACCAGUUUAUCUGCAACAUGAUGUAUGUGAACUGGAGGAAAUCCCUCACUGAAUACCUCCACAGCUGCUACUUCCAAGGCCAUGUGUACUACAGCCUGCACGUGCUGCGUGAGGACAUCGAUAACCCGGACCAGCGCAUCAGCCAGGAUGUGGAGAGGUUCUGCAAGCAGCUCAGCUCCAUGGCCAGCAAGCUUGUCAUCUCACCCUUCACACUGGCCUACUACACAUUCCAGUGCUUUCACAGCACAGGCUGGCUAGGCCCGGUGAGCAUCUUUGGGUAUUUCGUCAUUGGGACGAUCGUAAACAAAGUACUGAUGAGCCCAAUCGUGUCUAAACUUGUGCAGCAGGAAAAGCUGGAGGGGGAUUUCAGGUUCAAGCACAUGCAGAUUCGUGUCAAUGCAGAACCAGCUGCUUUCUACAGGGCCGGGCGAGUGGAGCACAUGCGGACGGACCGGAGGCUGCAGAGCCUGCUGCAGACCCAGAGGGAGCUGAUAGGCAAGGAGCUGUGGCUAUACAUUGGGAUCAACACCUUUGACUACCUGGGCAGCAUCCUGAGCUACGUGGUCAUUGCCAUUCCCAUCUUUUCUGGGGUCUACGGUGAUCUGAGUCCAACAGAGCUCAGUGCUCUCGUCAGCAAGAAUGCCUUUGUUUCCAUCUACCUCAUCAGCUGCUUCAGCCAGCUCAUAGAUCUCUCCAGCACUGUGACUGAUGUAGCUGGCUACACACACAGAAUUGGUGAACUGGAGGAGACCUUGCUGAGCCUUGGCAGAAAAAAAAAUGAUAACUACUCAGAAGUCAAAACCAGUUGGGGUUUGGAUGGCAGCCAUUCUGAGGAGGACGCAGUGCCAACGGACACAGCUUUCCUUCUGGAGCAAGUGACACUCUCAGUGCCAUCCUCUGGCAAGCUGCUCAUCAAGGACUUGAGCCUCAGGAUCUCACAAGGAAACAGUGUGAUGAUUGUGGGAAACACUGGCACAGGGAAGACAUCUCUCCUGAGGGUCCUUGCGGGACUCUGGGAGAGCACGCGGGGGAACAUCAGGAUGCUGACCUGCUUUGGCCCCCGGGGAGUGAUGUUCCUACCACAGCGGCCCUUCUUCACUGACGGAAGCCUACGCGAGCAGGUGAUUUAUCCCCUGAAGGAGAUCUAUCCAGUUUCAGGGUCUGCAGAUGAUGAGAGAAUUGUGCGAUUCCUGGAGCUGGCUGGGCUGACUGAUUUGCUGGCAAGGGCUGGAGGACUGGAUGAGCAAGUGGACUGGAACUGGUAUGACAUCCUGUCACCAGGGGAGAUGCAGAGGCUCUCAUUUGCACGGCUCUUCUACCUCCAGCCAAAAUAUGCAGUGCUAGAUGAAGCCACCAGCGCUUUGACAGAAGAGGUGGAGCGUGAACUGUACCGUUUGUGCCUUCAGCUGGGCAUGACACUGAUCAGCGUGGGACACAGACCCAGCCUGGAAAAGUUCCACAGCUGGAUUUUGAAACUUCAUGGGGAGGGAAGAUGGGAGCUCACUCGGUGUGAGAAGGUGAAGCAGCUCCCCUCUGGAGAAGGACACUGA